GGGCCGGCUCCGGGCUCCACUGCCAACAGUGGCAGCGGUCCAAGAACUGUUGAACGAAGGGUGCUUCGGUCGUCUGGGAAGGCUGGUUAGGGUAGUUUCAUGGACAUGGAAACCGGCUGAGGGAUUCCUGAGUGUCGGGAGGGGAACGGGGGCAGUGCCACGCCUGGCCUCAGGGGAGGUGGGACAACCAGGACCUCACCAGACCCACAGACAGGGUUGGCUGCAGCAGCAUACGCAUGUACACCAGACCUCAGAAGGGAGAUGGGAAAGCCAUUAUCUCCUGGAUGCACAGGAGAGAGGGGACUUCAGGGCUUCGUCGGGAGUGUAGGCAACACUGGACCACAGGAGCCAGGCGAAUCACCAGGCCCUGCAGGUGAUCGAGGGCCUAAAGGCGCACAGGGAGCCAAAGGGGUCGAAGGAGAAGAGGGACCCGCAGGACAACAGAUGUUCUACACUGGAGCUGGAAUGAACCCUGUCAGAUCCUUCGGCCUGCUACGUUCAAGAGGAACUUCAUGA